GCUGCCUGCUGCUCUCGGUUGAGUCAGAACGAGGGAGAGAGAAGGAUAGGCUGCUUGCCCACCGCAGCACCAACUAGACAACCCAAGAACUGCGGGUAUAAACAAAUGCACGCAUUAUCUUGGCGGAUGACUGGAGGGCUAUCUUAACGCGUUAAUUAGGCGUUUUCAAUUGGCAGGCGGUCUGACUGCUCAUUUAGAUAAGUCACAAGUUAAAUUUGGGCGGAUUACGACGACUGACAUUUAUUUCAAAACCAGCUUGUGUUGCUUUGGAGUUUUCCAUGUAUUGUGAGUGAAACAGUGAAGAAAUGACGGAGCUGCGAAAGAGGGGAGGAGGCGGAGACCCUGACAGCACAGAAAACAUCAGUGACAAGGAGACAGAUGGAGAAGACAGACUGGGUUUGGGUGCAGAGGGAGAAGGGGAUGGGGAGGGCGACUCCAAGGCUGACACUCCAGACGUGCCCCCCUCCGUAGACAACACUCCACAGUGUCUCAACAAGGCCCUGGGGGGCCUGUCGUCCAGAUGGAAGAACUGGUGGAUACGAGGGAUUUUAUCAUUAACAAUGAUCUCAGGCUUUUUCCUCAUCAUUUACCUGGGGCCCAUUAUGCUUAUAGUGGUGGUCAUGAGCGUGCAAAUCAAGUGCUUCCAGGAAAUCAUCCACAUUGGCUACAGAGUUUACCAUUCCUACGAGCUCCCCUGGUUCAGAACACUGAGCUGGUAUUUCUUGAUCUGUGUGAACUACUUCUUCUAUGGGGAGACAGUGGCUGAUUACUUUGGGGCACUAGUGCAGAGAGAGGAGCCUCUGCAGUUCCUGGUGCGCUAUCACCGCUUCAUCUCCUUUGCACUGUACCUGGCAGGUUUCUGCAUGUUUGUGCUGAGUUUAGUGAAGAAACAUUACCGCCUGCAGUUUUACAUGUUUGCUUGGACCCAUGUGACGCUGUUGAUUGUGGUAACUCAGUCACACCUUGUCAUUCAGAACAUGUUUGAAGGGAUGAUCUGGUUCAUUGUUCCAAUCUCCAUUGUCAUCUGUAAUGACAUCAUGGCGUACCUGUUUGGCUUCUUCUUUGGGAGAACCCCCCUGAUCAAGCUCUCUCCCAAGAAGACUUGGGAAGGAUUCAUCGGAGGAUUUUUCUCCACAGUGGUCUUUGGGUUCAUUUUUGCCUACCUGCUGUCUCAGUACCAGUACUUUGUGUGUCCAGUGGAGUACAGCAGCGAGAGCCUCAGGUCAUUCAGUCUGGAGUGUGAGCCUUCGGAGCUGUUCGUCAUGCAGGAGUACACCCUGCCCCUCAUGGUGCAGAACAUCCUCAGAUGGAGGACGGUGAACCUGUACCCGUUCCAAAUUCACAGCAUCUUCCUCUCCUCCUUCGCCUCCCUCAUCGGACCCUUCGGAGGCUUCUUUGCCAGUGGCUUCAAACGAGCCUUCAAAAUCAAAGACUUUGCCGAUACCAUUCCCGGACAUGGUGGGAUCAUGGACCGCUUUGACUGUCAGUACCUGAUGGCUACGUUCACGCAUGUUUACAUUGCCAGCUUCAUCAGAGGGCCCAACCCCAGUAAGGUGCUGCAGCAACUGUUGGUCCUACAGCCGGAGCAGCAGCUCAGUAUCUUCAACACGCUUCGCUCCCACCUGCGAGAGAGGGGAAUGCUGCCCCCUGCAGUCCUGGAGGCGCAGUGAUCCAGCACACGCAGUGGAUGUGUGUGGGCCUAUACGUCAGUCACUCACACACAAAAACAUUCACUCACACUGAAAUGCACUCACACAGAUGCUGUCAUACACAGACACUUACACACACACACACACACACACACACACACACACACACACAUACACUGGUCCCUGCACAAGUUUCAUCAUUCAGCAUCACUGCGAUUGCGCUUCACAUCUCCUAGCAAUAGCACGCUGCCAUGGCAACAGCUGACACAACAACAACAACAACAGCAGCAGAAUCAGCAUCAGCCAUAGCGCUGCGUCCAUCUUUCUCGUCCCCUUGGGCCACACGAAAGGAAACUCACAUCCCUACUAAAGAGGACAGAGGCUCAGCUCCGUGAGACACCCACCAUGAGGGCUUUUCCAAUAAGCAGCACACACACUCUCUCCCUCACACUCACACACACUCACUCACCCUCACUCAGCCACUCUGCUCUACUUGUCAGUCUUUUCUCUCCCCCUUGCUAUUUUCCUGCAGAUGAAGGCUGGGAAGCCUCCAAGACAGGCAAAGAAAUAGAGGCAUAGGAGAGUGAGUAGGUGCAGGAGCUCUAGCGCCACCUGCAGUUCGGACACUCUGUUGCUUGCACUGAUUCCAAUCCUUUGGCCCUUUAUGCAAUCCUGGCUUCCAUUUGCACAGUGCAGUUUUCUCUUCUUAUUUUGUUCUUUUUAUUUUCAGUUUCUCUGGGUCUUAACGCAAAUGAGCAAAUAGUGAAUGAAUUGGCUCCAAACUCCGGUUUUGUUCAUGCUUAAAUCUUUUGGCAGCAUGAGCCUCACAGUCGAUCUGUUUUGGAUGUGAGUGUGGAAGCGACGUUUUUUGCACCUCAGCAUGUUUUAAUAAGUCCUGUCGUACGCUGCUGACCUAAGCCAUGUCUUCCUCCCUUUGCACGUCAUCAGCUGUGUGUGUGUGUGUGUGUGUGUGUGUGUGUGUGUGUGUGUGUGUGUGUGAGAGAGUUUGUUUGGUGUGCUAGAUUAAACCAACCACAGUUGAUUUGCACCUUUGAGAACUGUCCUCACAGAUGCAUUACUAUAGUAACCGGCACCUACAGAGGCUGGCUCAAUAUCAAUAUGGCCGUGUGUACAUAUCUCCUGCAUAUGACUGUACAUAAAUAUAUUACACAUGAUAUAGAUAUUUAAAUGAAGAGAUCUAAUAUACACUUAUACCUGUGUGACCUGUCAGAUGCUAGUAUGCAUUUUAGAGAUAUAAAAAAACAAUGAUAUGCAACUGAGCUAGAAUUAUUUAAUUUUUCCUGCAAUGUCUAGCAUGAACAGGCUUAACAACAUGAGGGGCGUGGUCAAAAUUUAACAAACACACACACACACACACACACACACACACAAACAAGAAAUGUUGAUGGAAAAAGGAUGGUAAAAGAAAACUUUACAAAAAAACUUGAACUGGUCCCUGCUGGUGUGUUAGUGAGCUUUCGGGAGUGUCGCUCGGUGGCUUCCAGGUGAAUUGUAACAUUGCUGCACAUCAAGCGUACCAGUCGGACUUUCAGUUGCACUGCAUUGGGAGGGGAACUUACUGUAGGGGUUGUAGGGAGGGAAAAGAGACGUCAGGCUCACUGAGUCUAGGGAAGGUUCUGGGCUUCAUAUUGUCUUUGAUACCACACCUUUGUAUCCUGUUUGUGGACUCAAGGAUGGGUUGACAUUUUGAGAAACAGAUUAACAUAAAAACCAAGCUAUAACUUAUCUUAAACUACUUUUAUGAGCAAUUUUAAGUGUAGAUAGUGUUGGAGUGCAGGUUAGGAAAUAAUUUGAUAAAAAUUAUUUAUGCGGUGUGUGUAAAUACUGUGCACAUUUAGGACGUUUAUCUGUCAGUAUUGUAUCCGAUUUUAAGUUGAAAUUAAUUCAAAUUUGGGUUUUCAAAUGAAGUCUCUCUUAAGAUCAGUAACAAGCAUAAGUGUUUACCAAAUGUUAACCAAAGUCCAGAUUAAUCUGAAUGCAGACCGCUGCAACUCGCAGUCCUUUUACUGAUUCCUAAUUCAGUUCUGUUAUAGCACUGCACGGUCUGCCUCUGGCUGGUCAGUACAUUUUUGGACUGGACGAUUCCAGCUUAAAGGUGGAAUAUGUAGUUUUAUGUGGAUAAAACGUUAAAUGAUAAAAUGUUUCUGUAUUUCCAAAAGACAAAACACAAUGCAAAAAUGCAGUUUUCCUAAUAUAUCUUUAGGGCUGUUUUUUUUACAUUUCUCUGGGAAAUAUGAAAAGAAAUUAACUCAUAAAUAAACUUUAAUCAAAGAAAGAAAAUACAGUGCCCCAGAGAGAGUGAGUAACAUUAUUAUGAUAGUUGUAAAAAACAUUUAGUCAUUUUCAGCACAGGAACUACAAACUACACCUUUUGAUGGCAUCUCUAGCACUUAAGUCACAAUGUGAUGAGUGGUCACUCUCCGGCUCAUUCUUCCAGCACCUUUAACACUUUAUAAAGCCCGGUCUUUAUUAGUGGAGGAUUUGCUCAGCUUUAACCCCCCAUCCCCCCACUUUGUCUUAGUGCCCCUUGACCAGAAGAGGCCGUUGGAGAAGGCGAGUGCUUGUGAAUUGGGACCAGUCUUGCACUGUAGUCUACGCCCCUGCUAACGUAAAGCUCUCCCCCUGGCGCUUCUGUGUGGCUCUGCAAGCUCAGACCCCUCCCUCCCCACCACAGCCACACUCCCUUCCAUGUUAGCCCCGCCCUUCCCUGGUCAUUCCUGUGUGGGAUUGGUUUACAGCUGCUACCCCUGCCGCUCGUCAUGGGCUUUACUCCUCCCCUUUCUACAUGUAUGAAUGUUGCAUGCACAGUAGGAUUCUACAAACCCCUUCUGACCAAAAAGAGAAAAGCCUCUAGAUGCAGGUGUCAAUAGCAAAGUAGUUUAAAAAAAAUUGUACUACAUGAACAAAAAAAAAAAUCAAGGCAUAAAAGGAGUCACGUUUGUAAUGAUUCUAUCAAAACUUGUGACACAUGAGUUUUAGUUGAACUAGGUCUUGCACGGUUUUUCAAUUAUAAUGUGAACCAAGCUAUGUAUUAGACUAGAGUUCUCUGUGCUGUAGUUUGAACAGCCGACAUGUCCAGACUCAUGGUUCAUAUAUAUAUAUACUCACUGUUGUUUUUUUCUUCAAGACAACAUUUGGGGUCUCUAUUUUUGUUUUCUUUUUCAGUGAUUAUUUAUCAAUAUUUUAUGUUUGAUUUAACAGAAUUGUUUGUUUUUUUUUAAAUAUAAGUCUAUGGCUUUUAACAAGGGUAAUAUUUCAUUGCGGAAAUUUUGUGGUGGACAUACAUGAACAAAGCUGAAGUAAUAUGGGCAAUACAGCGUGAUCCAG